AUGAAUAAAGCUGCUAAAUUUAUAGUUCUAAUUAGUAUCAUUUAUUUAGGAGUUAUUGCAAAAAAUAACAAUUAAGGACAUAUCCAUUCAAAAACAUUCUAGUCUAAGGUAAUUAAUCCUCUCUAGUACGUUAAAGAGCUUCCUGAUACUUGGCUUUGGAGCAAUGUUAAUGGCAUUGACUAUUUGACUUUCGGACGUAACUAACAUAUCCCAUAAUACUGUGGUUCUUGCUGGGCUUUUGCAGCUACUUCAGCUCUUUCAGAUAGAAUUAAAAUAGCCAGAAAUGCUACAUUCCCUGAUAUCAACCUGUCUCCUCAAUUCUUAUUAAGUUGUUAACAAGAUUAGGAAGAUUUAGGAUGUAAUGGUGGUGAUGCUAGAAAUGCAUUUGCUUGGAUUCAUUCUAAUAAUAUUACAGAUGAAACUUGCUCGGUUUACAGAGCAAAGGGAUAUACUAAUGGACAAGCUUGUACUUAAUAAAUAAAAUGCCAAAAUUGCUCCCCCCUUAUUGGAUGCAAGAGUCAAACCAACUAUUAGAUUUAUGGUGUUUCAGAGUAUGGUGAUGUUUCAGGUGAAGAAGCUAUGAUGUAAGAAAUUUAUCAGAGAGGUCCUAUUACUUGUGGAAUUGCUGUUCCUGAUGCUUUAUUAAAUUAUACUGGAGGAAUUUUUUAUGACAGAACUGGAGAUUUAGAAAUCGAACAUGAUAUCUCUGUUGUUGGAUACGGAACUCUCAAAAAUGGAACUAAGUACUGGAUGGUUAGAAACUCUUGGGGUACUUAUUGGGGUGAAAAUGGUUUCUUUAGAAUAAUUCGAGGUGUUAAUAAUUUAAAUAUUGAAUCUGCUUGUGCUUGGGCUGUACCAAGAGACACUUGGUCAAAUGAUGUUCGUAAUCUUACUACUGUAAACGAAAAACCUGUUUCUAACUUUUAAAAAUCAUCAGGCUGUAAAAGAGAAAGCAUUUUCAAUCUGCCAGAAAAAAUAAAAUCUUCUCGUCCACAUGAAUACUUGAAAGCUGCAGACUUACCUAAGAGUUUUACUUGGUAAAAUGCAUAUGGUAAAAAUUAUCUUUCAAUAACAAGAAAUCAACAUAUUCCUGUUUAUUGUGGAUCUUGCUGGGCUCAUGGUGCCACUUCUUCUAUAGCUGAUAGAAUUAAUAUUGCAAGAAAUGGUACAUUCCCCUAAGUUGCUCUUUCACCAUAAGUUAUUAUUAAUUGCAAAGCAGGCGGUUCUUGCUCAGGUGGUAAUGCUAUGGGUGUAUAUGAAUUCGGACACACUAAUGGUAUUCCUGAAGAAUCCUGCUAAUAAUAUGUUGCAAAAAAUCCUGAAAAAUUUACAUGCUCUGAUAUACAACAGUGCAUGAAUUGUGCUCCUUCGGAAAAAGGAUAAAAUUGCUGGGCUUAGCCUAAUUUUAAGAAAUGGAAAAUUUCAGAAUAUGGUUAUGUAAAAGGUGCUGAUUAAAUGAAAGCAGAAAUAUUUGCUAGAGGUCCUAUUGGUUGCGGUAUUGAAGCCACUUUAAAACUAGAAAACUACUCUGGAGGUAUUUUUGAAUAAAAUCUAUUAUUUACUUCCCUUAAUCACGAAGUAGCUGUCGUUGGUUGGGGUGUAGAUGAAGCUACAGGUGUUGAAUAUUGGAUAGCAAGAAAUUCUUGGGGUUCUUACUGGGGAGAAAAUGGUUACUUCAGAAUUAGAAUGCAUAAAAAUAACAACGGUAUAGAAAAGGAAUGUGAUUGGGGUGUUCCAAUAGUUGAAGAAGAAGAAGUAACUGUUGAAGCAUAUUGA